AUGUCAGACACGGCCGUGGACACCAGCUCCGAGAUCACCCCCAAGGCCUUAAAGGAGAAGCAAGUUGUGGAGGAGGCAGAGAAUGGAAGAGAUGCACCUGUGAAUGGGAACGCUAAUGAGGAAAAUGGGGAGCAGGAGGCUGACCAUGAGGUAGAUGAAGAAGGAGGGGAGGAGGAGGAGGAAGAGGAAGGAGAUGAAGAGGAGGAGACUGAGGCAGCUACGGGCAAACGGGCAGCUGAAGAUGAUGAGGAUUACGAUGUUGUCACCAAGAAGCAGAAGACAGAUGGGGAUGACUAG